UGUCGCGCAACAGCAGCGACGCUGAUAACGAAUCGUUGCUCACGACGCACAAGCCAGGUCCUAUAAGAUUGUACCCUACUAGGUUCUGACUACCGUUAUCCGUAGUCGGAGAGCGAACUUCAAGUGGGUCGGAACAGACCUCGCAUCGGUCGUGCCGGUCGGUUUUCCCCGUGGUGGUAAUAGUAUUUGAACUCGCGUAGAUCAGCGUUACACACUUUCGAAGACGUGACAUCAACGUAGAUCAACCGGAUUAUACAAGUUAAGAGAGCUCAACAAAUUGUUUCGAUUACUACUUCGGUUUGAGUAUGGAUCGAGCGCUGAACGUCAUUAUCGCGAUGCAAUUCGCCUGGAUCGGGCUAGCAUCUGAGAUUACGUUUAUUGAUUCGCUACUUCAUGAGGGUGACGCAUGUACCUUGGCGGACGGAGUAACUCGUGGAACGUGCCGGCGAGAUACCAGCUGUCUCUAUUUGAAGACUGUAUCACAGGAUGAGUGGAAAACUUGUGCGUUCGUUGGGAAUUCUGCGAUCGUUUGCUGCCCAGAUAAGACACCAAUCGCCCUUCAAGAUGUACCAGGUCGUUUCAAAUACAAAAGCGAUGAAAUGUGUGCAAGUUUUAGGGAUACUCCUGUAACCACGAAUCACAUUCUCAACGGAACGGAAGCCCAGAUCGAGGACUUUCCCUAUCUGGGUGCUCUGGCACUCCAGGAGUCUCAUGAACCAAAGUACGGUUGUGGAGCCAGCCUUAUUUCUGAUCGAUUCCUACUCACUGCCGCACAUUGCGUAGUUGGCAAAAAAAUUGUUCACGUUCGGCUUGGAACUCUGAGCCUCGAGGAUAAUACCGUUGGCGAAGAACCGGUUAUCAUUGGCAUCGAGGAACCAAAAUACAUCCAUCCUAACUAUACCAAAGUCAAUCGCAGGAUGCUCAGAAAUGACAUUGCCUUGCUCAAGUUGAAUCGCACGGUAGUAGAAGAGUUCUUGAUACCGGCCUGCCUGUAUACGGAACAAUCCGAUCCCUUGCCGGGUGUGCCGUUGUCGAUUGCCGGAUGGGGUGUUACCGAUGCUAAUGAUGGGGACAUGUCUCCAAUCUUACUGAAGGCUCAGGUGUCGACUUACGAGCGAGAUAAAUGCGACUCUGAUAUGAAAAAUGACUCGAAUCCAUUUGCGAGAGUUGGACUAGUCAGCGGUCAGUUGUGUACCCUCAGUAGAAAGGAAGGGGAGCUUAUGAACGAUACUUGCCCCGGAGAUUCAGGAGGACCUUUAGAGCUAUCCGUCGGUCGUCGGAAUUAUAUUGUGGGCAUAACGUCCACAGGUAUGCCAUGCGGUACCAAUUUUCCAGGUAUAUAUACCCGUGUAUCACAGUACAUCAGAUGGAUUGAGUCGAUUAUUUUUCCCUAAUAAAAAGAGUGUGAAAUUAUUUAUUCAAA